AUGUCUCGGAUGACAGCUACCCUUCUGGUGUGCUGCUGGGCUGCCCUCACACUGGCACUGGGUGCAAACCAGGGCUGUCCAGCAGGCAAGCAAGGCAGCGGCCUGCGCAGGCGUUUGGAGCAGUCUCAGGGGCAGGGCAAGACGCCCUUCAUUUUUGAGAGCGGUCACCACGCCGAAUACCCCUGCCCAGGGGGCGCGGCGAAAUGCACCAACCCUCUCCCCUACUACUGGCGCGCCUUCUGCAGCUUCCAGACCGGCUGGGAGAAGACCUGGACCGACUUUAUGAUCUGCCCCAAGGAGCAGCAGGCCUCCGUGGCUGAUUACUACACCAACAAGGACGUGGCCGGCUUCAAGGAGCUCGUGAAUUUCUCCCCUUGCCAGCUGUGGCCACUUAUCCGGGGGCGCACACUUUGGAUAGUGGGAGACUCGCACAGUUAUGACUUCUUCCAUGCAGCCACCUGCUUCCUGCUGGACCUGUGGGACUACAAGUUCAAGGGGGACUUUCCGAUGGCAAAGGAGGCAGAGGCGUUUGCAGCGAUGGAGAAGCAUGUGCAGCACAGCAAGCCGCCGGAGUGCAUCCCCCUGCUGGAGGGAACGAUGGUGUGCCACUUCAGGGUGAACCAUGGGGAGGUCUUCCUGGGCCACGCCCUGCCCCUGCUGGAGCGCAUGGCCAAGCCCAGUGACAUUGCCAUUGUCAACUUUGCACACUGGCACGGCACCGGGGACGGCGCAGAGUACAAGAAGCUGCUGGAGGAGUUUGCAGAUGCGGUUGAGGAGCGUGCAGAGCAGCUGCCGCACAUGGUGUGGAAGGAGAUGGUGCCCACGCACUACGACCAGCAGCAUGGGCUCUACCCGGGGGGUGAACCCCCCUUCACAUGCGCCCCCCUGCAUGCGACGGAUGACUGGAGCCAGAUUGUGGUGGAGGGGGGGCACCACAACAAGGCAGCGCGCGAGGCGUUUGCCGGGAGCGACAUUGUCAUGACGGGGUACUGGAACGCGACUGUUGAGCUGUCCGACCACCACCGGGACGUCAGUGACGGGAGGGGCCACGAAUGCGGGCAUUACUGCUUCCCCGGAGCGCCUCAAGUGUGGCUGUAUCAUGCGUUCCUAGCUAUUCUGAAGGCGCCCUGGAGCCCCCUACCAGCACCUUAA